ACCGUUUCCUCACGCCUCUUUGAAAUAUCCGUUUCCGAUAUAAACCCUAAAAACCGAUUCCACAUCAAAUCUCCCAAUUUUCCCCAAUUAAUCGAUCAAACACACACCUUUCGCUAAAUUCUCUCAAAAACCCUAACGAAUCGCAUUCAAAUCUAUCACAAUUCGUUCAAUCUCAUUCAAUUUCGUUCAAUUUUGAACAUCUACAAUCCUCGUUGAAUUUGUUGGUGAAAUUAGGGUUUCGAUCGAUAGAUAGAGAGAGAAAUAGAGGAGUUUUGGUAUCUAGUUGAUGGUCUCAUGGGCGCUACGGGGUCUAAGCUCGAGAAAGCUCUAGGAGACCAGUUUCCUGAAGGUGAACGGUAUUUUGGACUUGAAAACUUCGGUAACACUUGCUAUUGUAACAGCGUGCUUCAGGCUUUAUAUUUUUGUGUUCCAUUUCGUGAGCAAUUACUUGAAUAUUAUGGAAAUGUUAAAAAUCCCGGGGACGUAGAAGAAAAUCUCCUUACGUGUUUGGCAGAACUGUUUAUGCAGAUUAGUACACAAAAGAAGAAAACAGGCGUUAUUGCUCCCAAACGCUUUGUACAAAGAGUGAAGAAAGAAAAUGAGCUUUUUCGUGGUUACAUGCAUCAGGAUGCGCACGAAUUUUUGAAUUUCUUGUUAAACGAACUAGUUGACAUACUAGAGAAAGAAGCCAAUUCAGCAAAAGCUUCAAAAGAACUUUCGUCACCUCCUGAAAAGAUUCCCAACGGGAUACAUGUUGCUCAUGCCAACGGUGUACGGAAAGAGCCCUUGGUUACCUGGGUUCACAAAAACUUUCAGGGUAUACUUACAAAUGAAACAAAGUGUUUAAGAUGUGAGACUGUGACUGCAAGGGAUGAGACAUUUUUAGAUUUGAGUCUUGAUAUUGAGCAGAACAGUUCGAUUACAAGCUGUUUAAAGAACUUCAGCUCCACCGAGACCUUAAAUGCCGAGGAUAAGUUUUUCUGUGAUAAAUGCUGCAGUUUGCAGGAAGCACAAAAGAGGAUGAAGAUCAAGAAACCACCACAUAUUUUGGUCAUACAUUUGAAGCGUUUCAAGUACAUGGAACAGCUGGGCAGGUACAAAAAGUUAUCAUACCGUGUCGUUUUCCCUCUUGAGCUGAAGCUAACCAACACAAUGGAAGAUGCGGAUUGCGAAUACUCGUUAUUUGCGGUGGUGGUUCAUGUUGGAAGCGGGCCCAACCACGGACAUUACGUAAGUCUGGUCAAAAGCCACAACCACUGGUUGUUCUUUGAUGAUGAAAACGUGGAAAUGAUCGAUGAAUCCGCUGUUCAAACCUCGUUCGGGUCGGCCCAAGAGUAUGCUAGCAACACUGAUCACGGGUAUAUCUUGUUCUAUGAGAGCCUUGCUGCCAACAAUGAUCAUUGAAUGGGUAUUUUGUCAAAUCCUUUUUUUUUCAGAUUUGUGUUACUUGGUUUUUGUGUUAUCAUCAUAUACGGCAAUUUGGGUUAUUAGACGGGAAGAAACUUGUGAUGGAUUUGAUGUACAGUUACUGCUGCUAUUUGAGUUCAUCUGUUUUAGUUGAAACAAUAAAGGUGCGUAUGAUAUGAUGAUGAUGUGGAUGAGGACGAUGAUUUUGAUAUCGGUGAUGAUGGAAGCUUGUUUUAAGCGUGAACGUGAUCAUCAAAGAUGAUGUUAAGUUAAUGACUUGCGUCUCGUUUGUAUUGGUAUUAACAUUUUUGUUUAUUUAUGAAUCGAGAGCUAUGAUGGUGUUGUAUUUUUGUUUGAUUUGUGAAGAAAUGGAGAAUUUCCUGAAUUUAGGCGUG